AUCAGAAGAGAGGUCUUUGAAACGCCCAUUUGAGGAGCUCAGAAGCAGAGCUUUGUUGAGCGCUUUCCAAGGAAUCCUACCUGAACUGGUUGAAGAGGUGAAUAAAGAAAAUGGGGCUGCUUUCAGCCCUGACUCGAGGACUGGUCCGGGGAGCAGACCGCACAGCCGAGUUCACCAGCAAACGCGGCCCCAGGACCUUCUACAAAAGCCGAGGAGCUAUGCCGACCGGAGUGGUCACCUCCAGCAGGAAGUUCAUCCCUGUCCGGGAAAUGAUCCCCGAGUUCAUAGUGCCCAAUCUGGAGGGCUUCAAGCUGAAAGCAUACGUGUCGUACAGGAGCCCGCCGGGUACAGAGCAGCCCAUCACUGCCGAGAGCCUCUUCAACCAGGCUGUGGCUCCACACAUCCAGAGAGACUUUGAAGCCGGUGCAUUUGACCCACAGCAGCUGGACAAAUACGGUUUGGAGAAAACACAGGAAGGGAAGCUGUUCAAAUUGCAUCCCAAAAACUUUGUACGUUAAAUGUAGUGCUGUGAAGAGAAAACGAUUUGGGAUUUUUGCACGUCGAGAUUGGUAUGGUAUUGUAUUGUAUUGCUGAAACCACAAUUUGUAUACAAUAAAUUAAAACUGACCUCAGAAUACA